CUUUACUUCUUCGUAAACAGUCUCUCUCUACUUCUUCUGCAAUCUUCAGUUUAAGGUUUACCGAGAUUCUCGCCGGAGGGCACCAAGAAAACGUGUUUCUCUUCAUCAAUAAAUAGAAGAGUCGAGGGCAUCCAUUCCCGAACUUUAGUGUAAGGUUUAUCGAGUUCUCGCAGGAUAAACGCAGAGACGAGGAACACAGUAGUAGGGUUUAAGAAUUGAUUCAAGAUGGUGGUUAAUAUGAGCAUGGAAGUGUUGGCCGGAAAUGAGGAGGAGAUCAAUUUGGCUGAACUAGUCAAUAAUCCUGAAGAGCUACUACAAUGGAUUCACAAGAAACAAAAUGAGUUGCUUGAGAUUGGUUCUCAGAUGAAGAUGAACGAAAAUCAGUUGCUUGAGAUUGGUUCUCAGAUGAAGAUGAAAGACAAUGAGUUACUUGAGAUUGGGUCUCAGAUGAAGAUGAACGACUAUGAGGCACGACCUCCUCUUUAUAUCAGGGUACCUGGAACUAAAAGGAAUGCUGAGUCUAUGAUUCUGGAAGACAAGAAGAGACCCAUAAAGAAACCAAGAUCAGUGAAGAAAAAUGGUAUAAAACCACGGCCAGUUGCAGCGCCACCAAUACCAGUGCCAGCACCAGUGAUACCCGGAGAGCUCAUGACUGCAAUUACUGAUCGUGGAGGUGAAGAUGUGAUGUGGGUAAUGGAGAAAUUACUUCAGAAAACUGAUGUGAAUUGGCAUCAUGAUCGUCUAUCUAUUCCAGAGAGUCGAGUGGCCACGAACGAAUUCUUAACUACUACAGAGAAGAUCAAAGUUUCCAAAAAAAUUAAGAUACCAGUAGAGGUGGUGUUGCUGGUGACAGGAGGAGAAGAUGAUGAAGGCCCUCGAACCCAAUCAAGGGAAUUGAACUUCACAAAAUGGUAUAUGAAAAAUUGUGGCAUAUACGUAUUGAUCUCAAAAUGGUGUGAAGUUGCCAGGGAUAACAGUUUAGCAGCUGGUGACAAAAUCCAGGUUUGGUCGUUCAGAAAAUCACAGGAGAAGAAGCUUAGUAUUGCCAUUAAUGUUAUUCGUGGAGAACCACAACACUAGAAUACCUCAAUUAGGGCGUGUUUGGUUGUAAUUCUGAGUUUUUUAAUGUACUAUGUUGGAGUAGUAGGUAUCUAACUGAUCCUUUUAGUUGGUUUAAAUGGUUUCAGUUCUUAAAUCAAAAUUGAACCGUUUGAUAAA